CGCACCUAUAUAUGAGUACGUAAGCGGAAAUCCAGUUGUAAACAAAACGGAGAAACUAUGCUUUACUGAACCCAAAUAUAAAGAAACGGAAGACCGACACCUUGAAAGGAGGUGUGGAUGAGUGACGGCGUUUGAUGAGGUGCCAGCUCAUUACCAUAAGAAGACAUCCUUUGGUGUUAUAAGCAGGCAAAAGCAGUCGCAGCCAAAAUGUCUCGAAAACAGACGCCGAAACCUGUACGAAGCAAUAAAAAGAGCGAACUGGAGCGCAAGAGAGAUGAGCGCGCAGCACGGCGGGCCAUCGUUAAAGACCGCAAGAACCGCCCUCAGGAUGCGGAUGAGGGCGCAGAGUUUGUCAGUUUCUCCAAUCAGCUGCAGGCUCUGGGCCUCAAGCUGCGAGAAGUCCCAGGAGACGGGAACUGUCUGUUCAGAGCGCUGGGCGAUCAGCUGGAGGGCCACUCCCGGGGCCACCUGCGGCUCCGCCAGGAGACCGUCCAGUACAUGAUGUCCCACCGGCAGGACUUUGAGCCCUUCGUGGAGGACGACGUGCCCUUCGCACAGCACUUGUCCAACCUGUCUCAGGCCGGAACGUUUGCGGGGAACGACGCCAUCGUGGCUUUCGCUCGCAGCCAGCAGGUGAAAGUGGUCAUCCACCAGCUGAACACGCCGCUGUGGGAGAUAAAUGGUGCCGAGAAGCAAGUGUGCAGAGAGCUGCACAUCGCCUACCGCUACGGAGACCAUUAUGACAGCGUCCGGCGCAUCGGUGAUAACUCUGAGAGUCCUGCUCAGCUCCGGAUCGAGAGUCUCCACAACUCACAGGGCCAGCAGCGCGAGUUCGGGGACGGUCAGAGAGACCGGCAGAAGAACUCGUCUCCCACGGCGUCUGAGGAGGACAACGUGAUCCUGAGCUCCAUCAAGAACCGAGGAAUCCAGGGCGAUGAGGAGAACCUCCUCCAGCUGAGUGCAGCAACAAUUAAUGCCGAAUGGCUCGUUGGCUCGGCGCUCGGGAACUCCUGCCAGGGUCAGUGCGCCUCAGGAUCCUGCUCAGCCUGCAGAGCUGAAGCCGCAGACUGCAGCGAGCACAAGAAGCCAGCAGAGGGCAGCAAUACACAGAAACUUAAGGUAUCCAACAAGCAGAGAAAAGAGCAGCAGCGACAAGAGAAGAAGAAACGCCAGGAGGAGAGGCACCGGCAGAAAUUCCUCCAGAGCAAAGGAAACCAGGACCAGAACCAGAACCUGCCGGAGGCCGUCACUUUAGUACCAGCCCUCAACACUCUCAGUAUAUAGACUGGAGCAUGGCCAAA